AUGGGCUCCUCCCGAAAAUCUCCCUUCAGUGGGCAUCACAAAGAACUCAAUCUCAAAAGUAAUUUUCCACAUUUUGACCGUUACUUUGUUAUCAAACGUGUUUCUGAAAAGAAUGAUACAUUUAAUUCUAUAUCACCAUUCCUCGUACAGAAAGCCAUUACAGCAACCAUUGGUGAGGUAUCUUCUAUCCGGAAGAUGCGUUCUGGUGACUUGCUGGUACAGGUAAAUUCCAAAAAACAAGCACAACAAGUUAUGAAACUUAAAGCCUUAGCCACCUUUCCCGUUACUGUCAGCUCUCAUACAUCCCUAAAUUUCUCCAAAGGAGUAAUAACGUGUGGGGAAUUAUUUAACGUUCCUCUAGAGGAGAUCUCCGAGGAACUGAAACCCCAAGGAGUAACUCAUGUACGCCAGAUCACCAUUCGGCGGGAUGGACAACUCCUACCCACCAAACAUUACGUAAUGACCUUUCAUAGACCAAAAAUACCUGAAUACCUUUAUGCAGGAUAUAUAAAAUUGCCUGUCCGCCAGUACAUCCCUAAUCCGCUAAGAUAUUUUCAAUGCCAGCGUUUUGGCCACUCCAGGGCUAACUGCCGCGGGACAUUAACAUGCGCCCGCUGUGCUGAAAAAGGCCACGACAGCCAGCAAUGUAACGCUGAAGAAAAAUGUGUAAAUUGCGGUGAGAAUCAUGCAUCUUUCUCUCGGUCCUGUGAACGAUGGAAAGUAGAAAAAGAAAUUACCUCUAUUAAAUUUAAAGAAGACAUCAGCUAUCCUGAAGCUCGGAAAAAAGUUUUAAAUCAGACACCAAAACCUGGAUUGAGCUAUGCCUCCAUAGUUAAAACAACCUUCUGUGUAAAUUGUUCCUGCACAAAUUGUGCAAAAUAUGCUCCUCAACCGAAAAAUACUGAAAAGUCAUCCGAUUCUGAAAUUGAAAAUGAAACAAACACGACUCCUGUAACUAGCAAAUCGUCUAGACCUAAAAUGAAUUCUAACUCUCAAAAAUCACUUAAACUUAAGCUUUCGAAACGAGGAAUCUCACCAAAAGACAUCAGAUCAAAGUUGAAAAAAUCGACAUCACAAAAUUCUGUCGCUUUGGGACUUGCGACACAAGGUAAUGCUCAUAAGGACUUAACGUCCAUUUUUGGCAAACCUAAAAGUCCCGAUUCCAUUUCCCUUCAUCCGUCUGACGAGGAGGAUGAAUUACAAAUGAGUUGCGAUGUUUCGCCAACUCUUGAUAAGACUCGCACCAACAUUCUCAAUACUUCUGUUACUUAA